GAUACCAAACCUGACAGUCAAACUUAAACUACCAGUCCCCUAUGAGAGCCUAGAAAUGUGUAUAUGCUUGUCACAUAGUGGUUAAGUUCCAAAGCCAUUGUGCCUCCACCACGUUUAACGGUGAUGGCAUUGGAGAUAGCAUGGUAUGAUUUUGUGUGUUUUGGCAUGGUGGGCAUGGCCUUUGUGGGUGCCUUGUGGGUGCUGGGAAUGAACGAAGGAGCUUCCAAAAGAGAUUUUGAGACAACCUAUGAGAGCCUUUUGUUGUCUCGACCUGACCAUGAAGUUGUCGUCAAUGUGUUGCCCAAAGGUCACGUUAGCACCUCACAGCUAUGGACUAGUUGUUGGCGAAGAUUGCACCCUCUUUGCCUUCUUUGUACCCGUUUUCUUUCUUUUGUGAUCAUGCUCCUUUUUUUACUCUGGGACGUUCUCGUAUAUGAUGCAAGCAUCUUUAUUUACUACACAGAGUGGACUUUCACGUUGGUUACCAUAUAUUUUGCGUUGGGGACCAUUGUAUCUGCAUAUGGAUGCUGGCAACUCUUUAGUAAACCUUUUAUUCACAAUGGAGGAAGGGAUGAAUUUCUGAGAAGGGAUGUAGAAGAGACAAUGUCUAGAGACUUAACCACCUAUCAAGAGAAAGACGUCAAAGGUUCCACCAUGUUGGAAAGCCAAUAUGUUGAAGAGGAGUUUCAACAAAGAGCAGGGUUUUGGGGUUACCUUAUGCAAACUACAUAUCAGACAUGUGCAGGGGCUGCUAUCCUAACAGACAUUGUAUUUUGGUGUAUUAUAGUCCCAUUCUUAUCAAUUUCUCAUUUAAGACUAAACCCGUUGAUGGGUUGCAUGCAUGCAAUGAAUGCAGUUUUCCUCCUUCUGGAAACAGCUCUUAACAAUCUCCCAUUUCCUUGGUUUAGAAUCUCCUAUUUUGUUCUCUGGAGCUGUGGUUACGUCAUUUUCCAAUGGAUCAUCCACGCCUUUGGUUUCAAAUGGUGGCCAUAUCCCUUUCUUGAGCUUAAUAACAAGUGGGCUCCUAUCUGGUAUUUGUGCCUCGCGCUAAUUCACGUUCCAUGCUAUGGUGUGUAUUACCUGAUAGUGCGAGCCAAGAAUAGGAAUCUCCCCAGAUUGUUCCCUGAAGCAUUUUUGAGGCCUUACUAAUUCAGUUGAGAUAGGAAGUUCUGGAAGGAAGAGCAUGUUUGUUGUUGUGGAUGUAUAUGGUCUCACACAUCAAGAACGAUGCCUUAUUCCAUGUGAAAUUUUUUACUGGUUCGUACUGUAGGAAAUUUCUUUCUGUUUGCACACAUUGAAUGUUUGAUAGAAAAGACCUUCUCAACUGUAUGUUUAAUAAAACAUUUAAUCACUCAUUAGAAAAAGUCACAAAUCU